GGGACCAGACGCCACCAGUGGAUUGUUGGGGCUCCAGCAAGGUAAUCCAACUAAAUCCCUGAACGGAGGAGUUUUCUGAGGACGGGAGAAUGAAGAACGUCACCAUGCACAAACACUUCAUCCUCGACGGCUUCAGUGAACUGGGAGUGUUGAGGCCCGUCCUCUUCAUCCCUUUCUCCAUCAUGUUCGUUGUGUCGCUGUCCGCCAACUCCCUGCUGCUGUACGUGGUCGUUUCACAGAGGAGCCUCCACUCACCGAUGUGCAUCCUCAUCGCCGGCAUGGCAUGUGUGGACCUGAGCGUCCCGGUGUUCUGGGUCCCCCACAUGCUGCUGAGCUUCUUGUUUGACUGGAGGGGAAUCUCUCUGAUCGGAUGUCUGGUCCAGAUGUUUUUCAUUCACUUUGUAGAGACUUUUCAGUCAACGUUGCUGGUGUGGAUGGCUCUGGACCGCUACUUUGCCAUCUGUAAGCCUCUCACCUACCAUGAACAAAUGGCUUUACCUACAUUUCUCAAGUUUAUAAUCCCGCUUGUGGUAAGAAAUUUCAUCAUGGUUACACUGUUUGUGAGUCUGGCAGGAACAUUGUCCUUCUGUGCUUCAAAUGUGAUGAACCACUGUUUCUGUGAGCACAUGGCCUUAGUGCAGCUGGCCUGUGGAAGUACUGCCAUCAACAACCUGGUUGGGUUGAUGACUGCACUCCUCAACGUGGCCGAUUUCAUCUUCAUCACUGCUUCUUAUAUCGUCAUAUUCAGCUCUGUGCUAAAGUCCGGCAAGUCAGGUGCCAAAACUCUCCACACCUGCGUCACCCACAUUGUAGUCAUCACGGUCAGCCUGACCAUCACACUUGUUGCUUUCCUGUCGUAUCGGAUCAGAAACGGUUUACCUGCCGCUGUUCGGGUGUUCUUUAGCACCAUGUACGUGAUGUUCCCGAGCUGUUUCAACCCGAUCAUCUACGGCAUUAGAACAGCAGAGAUUAGAAAGCACAUCCUAAAAACACUGAGACGCUGAACUGGGCCCUAUUCUUAAAACGUCUCCAUCAUAUGUCAGCCCAUCUCCAUGUGUCAGAGGUGUUUUAAUAUCAUGCAGAGAGAUGAUAUUCUUGAGCAGAUGAUUGUUAUAAUGAAAAGCUCAGCGCACCUGCAGAUCAAAAGAAACAUGGAAGAGCUUACAGAUCAAAAAGGUAGUUACAUUA